GUUGGGCGGGAAAGCAGCGGAACUGGCAACCUUAGCUAGCUGGUUAGUGGAGACGUAUGCACACUCUGCGCACGACACACUUGACUGAGCGGAGCCACGCCACGAGGUUGACAAUCAUCAUACUGCAAUUAAGAAGCAUUUGAUAAAGUGAACAAAAAUGGACGAGUGGGAUGAAGGGGAAACUUGUACUCGUACUAUUGCACUAACCAGCCACACCUCAAGUGAAGAUGAUUCAUCAUUGGACAUGAACACCUUUUUAGGCACACAAGGAGACUCCUGGAACACUGGUGUUAGUGACUUUGGAAGGGGUCGUGGUGGCAGAGGCAGACAAGGAGGAUUUAAAAGCUCAUUCUCCUCAGGUGGUGAUGAGAAUGGGAAUGAUGGGGGUAACUGGAACAAUACAGGAGGAGAUAGAGGUGGUUUCAGAGGCAGAGGGCGUGGCAGAGGAUCUGGCAGGACGGAUCGCAGUGAAUUCAAUGGAGAUGGUGCUGGAGAGUGUGAAAAUGGGUUGAGAGGAGGAAGCAGGGGAGGAAGAGGCAGCAGAGGAGGUGGUUUCAGACAAGGUAAUGACCAGGGUGCCAAAGGAGGCUUUGGAGGAGGCUACCGUGGGAAAGAUGAGGAGAUCUUCUCUCAUGGGCGUGAAAAUGAUCCAGAAAGGAAGGAUGCAGACGAUGGUGACAGGCCAAAGGUCACAUAUGUUCCCCCAACCCUCCCUGACGAUGAGGACUCCAUUUUUUCCCACUACGAGUCAGGCAUUAACUUUGACAAGUAUGAUGACAUCAUGGUGGAUGUUAGUGGAACCAACCCACCGCAGGCUAUCAUGACUUUUGAUGAGGCAGCAUUGUGCGAGUCCCUGAGAAAAAAUGUCAACAAGUCUGGUUACGUGAAGCCGACCCCUGUGCAGAAGCACGGCAUCCCAAUCAUCUCUGCUGGCAGAGAUCUCAUGGCCUGUGCCCAGACUGGAUCUGGUAAAACGGCUGCAUUCCUGCUCCCUAUUCUGCAGCAGCUGAUGGCAGAUGGUGUAGCAGCCAGCAGCUUCAGUGAGCUGCAGGAGCCUGAAGCCAUCAUUGUGGCCCCAACCAGGGAGCUCAUCAACCAGAUUUAUCUGGAGGCCAGGAAGUUUGCUCAUGGGACAUGUGUGCGUCCAGUUGUGGUUUAUGGUGGAGUCAGCACUGGACACCAAAUAAGAGACAUCUUAAGGGGGUGCAAUGUGCUGUGUGGAACACCAGGGAGACUGUUGGAUAUGAUUGGAAGAGGAAAGGUUGGGUUGAGUAAGCUGCGGUACUUGGUGCUCGAUGAGGCUGACCGGAUGUUGGAUAUGGGGUUUGAGCCUGACAUGCGCCGCAUGGUGGGCUUCCCUGAAAUGCCAUCCAAAGAGAACCGCCAGACUCUGAUGUUCAGUGCCACUUACCCAGAAGACAUCCAGAGAAUGGCAGCUGACUUCCUCAAGACAGACUAUUUGUUCUUGGCUGUGGGUGUGGUCGGGGGAGCCUGCAGUGAUGUGGAGCAGACAUUUAUCCAAGUCACCAAGUUCUCCAAGAGGGAGCAGCUCCUUGACUUUCUCAAGACCACUGGAACGGAGCGCACCAUGGUGUUUGUGGAGACCAAGAGACAAGCUGAUUUCAUUGCCACUUACCUGUGCCAGGAGAAGGUUUUGACUACCAGCAUUCAUGGUGAUCGUGAGCAGCGGGAGCGAGAGCAGGCUCUGGCAGACUUUCGCUCUGGCAAAUGUCCAGUCCUGGUGGCAACCUCGGUAGCUGCCCGUGGUCUGGAUAUUCAAGAUGUACAGCAUGUGGUGAACUUUGAUCUUCCUAAUAACAUUGAUGAGUAUGUCCACCGUAUUGGGAGAACUGGCCGCUGUGGUAACAUUGGGAAGGCGGUGUCUUUCUAUGACCCCGAAGCUGAUUGCCAAUUGGCCAGGUCCCUCGUCACAAUCCUGUCCAAGGCCCAGCAGGAAGUGCCCUCAUGGUUGGAGGAGUCAGCAUUUAGCGGCCCUGGGGCCACAGGCUUCAACACCUCCAGGAAGGGCUUUGCCUCAACGGACUCUAGGAAGGGAGGAUCUUUCCAAGACAACGAUACGAGGAGCCAGCCUGCUGCUCAGACUGCAGAUGAUGAUGAAGAAUGGGAAUAGAGGGAAUAUUAGAGCAACACACAGCAUUGACCUGAGUUAUUUUUCUUUAUAGUUGUAAGUAUUUUAGUUUGAAGGAAAAAAAAAAACGUUUGUAUUAGGCCAAUCAAAGUUUAAAAAAGUCAAGCGAGAGGAGUGGGGAAACUAGGUGUUUUUGUAUGACUGACAACUCUUAGAGGUGUUCACUGACUGGCAUAUUGUGGAAACUGUUUUUUUCUUCUAAAUCAUCACUUGCAUUUAACAUGGUUAAUAAGGAAAACAAUGUGUCUGACCAAUAGUCAAAACUUGAGGAUGUUAUAGUCCACUGUAUUUUGUUUUGUUACUAGAAUAACUAUCAAUAAAUAAUUGUUCAAACCAAA